UUAAAAAAGAAUAAAAUAAAAAUCUAAUAACGAAUAACGUAAAGAAAACAUGCUUCCUUCAUCGCUUUCCUAUCUUCAAACGCUCCCGCCAAUUCCUCAUCCGGAGCAAGUUAGCAAAGCCGGCAUACGGCGCCGAACGCUGCGCAUUGCUUGUGCCGGAAGAGGCAGCAAAGCUGCGAGGCCAGCCACUGACGACUACCAUUCCACUCUCAGAGCUCUCAACUCCAAAGGCAGGUUCCCCAGAAAAUCUCUUGGCCAGCAUUAUAUGUUGAACUCCGAGAUCAACGAUCAUCUUGCUGCUGCAGCUGGUGUUGGAGAAGGUGAUCUUGUGCUAGAAAUUGGUCCUGGAACCGGUUCCUUGACCAAUGUUCUGUUAAAUUCUGGUGCAUUCGUUCUUGCAGUUGAGAAGGACAAACACAUGGCCACCCUUGUGAGCGAAAGAUUUUCGAGCACAGGAAAGCUGAAGGUUUUGACUGAGGAUAUUGUCAAAUGUCAUGUGCGCUCCCAUGUGUCAUCUUUGUUUGAAAGUAUAACAGAAAUGGAUCCUGAAACUAAAAAAGCAAAAGUGGUUGCCAACAUUCCUUUUAAUAUCAGUACAGAUGUGAUCAAACUGCUACUUCCAAUGGGUGACAUUUUCUCAGAAGUGGUUCUAUUGCUUCAGGAUGAGACUGCCUUGCGGUUGGCAGAAUCAUCACUCAGGACUUCCGAGUAUCGUCCCAUCAAUAUAUUUGUUAACUUCUACUCAGAUCCUGAGUACAAAUUUAAGGUCCCAAGGACAAAUUUUUUUCCUCAGCCUAAUGUAGAUGCAGCUGUUGUCUCGUUCAAGCUGAAGCAGCCAAAAGACUACCCAGAAGUUUCUUCCCGGAAAAGCUUCUUCUCAAUGGUCAAUUCAGCUUUCAAUGAGAAGCGUAAGAUGUUGCGGAAGUCACUUCAGCACAUAUGCACAUCCAUUGAGAUUGAAGAAGCCUUAAGAAGCAUUAGUCUCCUACCAACAUCAAGACCAGAAGAACUAACAUUGGAUGAUUUUGUAAAGUUGCAUAACUUGAUUGUCAAAGAGUAGCAAUCUGCAUUGAUGCUGAACUUUUGAAGAGCAAUUCAUAUGGGAACAAGGUUCAGGUUUGCCCAUUUAUAAGGCCCCUUGUGGCCGCAAAUAUAUGAUCCAAGAAAAGAACCAACCUUUGAUGAAGAGCUAUGGCAUUUCAGCUUGAGGAUACAUUAUAUUAUCAGAAGUCUUCUACUGAUAUUUCAGGGCACGUUCUUAAUUGCAGAUUCAAACCCCAAUGUCCAAUCAGAAAUAUAAUUAGAACUGUAUUCCCUUGUGUGAUGUAUGGGUUUUAUAAGUUGGACUGCUAUGAAAAACAAUGUAGUUCGACCGAAUCACACCAGAAUGUAAAUGAAAGUGUUUCCGAAAAUUCUUCAAUU